AUGGAUGAUUUUGAGUUUGUGUGUAACUAUGAUGGACAUGAGGAGGAGGAGAUUAUUGGAUUCUGUUUAAAUAAAAAUUGCCAAUAAAAUGUAUAAUUCUGUUUGAAAUGUUGUUGGGAUAAACAUGGAGAUCAUGAGGAAGAUUGCAAAACUUUUAAACAAAUAUAAAAAUUAUUGCAAAAUAAUAAACAAUAAUAAAUUAGACAAAGUGAUGAUGUGAACAAUAAAUUAAAAUCCAUAUAAUUGAAAUGUGAAUAAUUAAGCCAGUCUAAAAUUAUUGGGUCUGAAAAACUAGAUGAAAUAGAAAAGUAUUUAAAGUAAAAGGAAUAUAAAAAUUGUUUAGAUGAAAUAUAUUUCUUAAAGAACUUCCAAGAUGCAAAUUAAUCGAAUCAAAGUAAACUUAAAUUUUGUAUAUAAUAAUUAGAAUUGAUAUUAGAAUAGUUGGAUAAUGUUCUAGAAACUUUAAAAACAUUAGGAUAACAACAAAUACCGAAUUAAAAAAAAUCAUAAUCAGAAAACACUAAAAAUAUUUAUAAGGCUGAAGUGAAAGGUAAGUUUAUCGAAUAAUUAAACUAGAUUAGGAAAUUUAAGUUAAUGUCAUUAAUAAUGAGGAUGAAUUAGAUAAGAAAUAAACUUAAGUAUUACUAUAACCAAUGGAAAAAUUAAUACCAUUUUCUUUUGAAAAUUAACAGUUGAACCAAAGCAGCAAAGACUAAAUCUCUUAAGGCAAUUCUUAUUAAUCAGCCUUAUAAGAAUUUUAUUGUGACAAAACUUCAUAAUUAACACCAAAUAACUAAAAUCAUAUGAAUUAACACUCUAAACCCUAAUAACCAUCUUAGCAAGUUCCUUUAACUUAAGGUCCUUAAAUUCAAACAAAUGAAAUGUAAUUUAGCUCAUAAUAGAUGCCUUAAUUUUUAAGUAUGAAGUUCUUUUUGUAUAAUUAUAGAAAAUAUUUACUAAGAGUAAAUCAAAUAAAAGAGUAAUAGCUCUCAAUCUUAAUAGAUAAAAUAAAAAUUUGAGGAGUAGCUAAAUAGAGAAAUAAGUAAAAAACCUGAGUAAUUUUAAAUUAUAUUUAAGGUAUUAAAACAUGCCUCAACCAAUAAUAAAACUAACAGAUCAAGAAUGGGAACAGUAUAAAACUGUUAUUUAAAAUGCAUAACAUUCUGGUAAGAAUACAAUCAAAUGAGCAUUUAGAUCAGAAUUUUGUUUUGGAUGUUGAAGUGGCUACUUAUCAUGAUGAUGAAUUAUAAAAAGUAUUAGAGGAGUGUGAUGAAUUUCUAGAGAUUGAUCCCCUAAACUUUGAUAAACAUUUUUUGAAAGGUUCAAUAUUAUACUCUUAUUUUGUUAGGUUUAACAUUAAUCAAAGCCAAAAGAAAUGUAGAAGCCCUUGAAUAUAGCGAAUUCAUCAUGGAUAUGUAUCCAAACAAUUUUUAAUCGUAUAUUUUAAAAGGCUUGGCAUUAAAUCAAUUAAAUAGAUAUGAAGAAGCACUCCAUAAUUAUUGCAUAUCGAUUUAAAUUGAGCCGACUUUUGAAGCUUAUUUUUUCUAAGGUAUACACAUAACUAACUAACAUAAGGGAUAUCUUUAAUGGCUAUUAAUUAGCUUGAUGAUGCUAUUGAAUCCUUUAAAAUUUCUAUUAGAAUGCGUCCAAAUAUAGAAAUUGCCUAUUAUCAAAUGGGUUUUUAAGAUUUAUCAACUUUUAGGCCUUGCAUUAAUGCGUAAAGAGAAGUAUGAUUAAGCAAUUUAAUAUUUUGAAAACGCCCUAAGAAUUGUUCCAAAUUAUGAUUAAGCCCUAAAAUAAAAAAGUAGUUUUAUACUUAAUUUUAGACNUAAAAAUAUUUAUAAGGCUGAAGUGAAAGGUAAGUUUAUCGAAUAAUUAAACUAGAUUAGGAAAUUUAAGUUAAUGUCAUUAAUAAUGAGGAUGAAUUAGAUAAGAAAUAAACUUAAGUAUUACUAUAACCAAUGGAAAAAUUAAUACCAUUUUCUUUUGAAAAUUAACAGUUGAACCAAAGCAGCAAAGACUAAAUCUCUUAAGGCAAUUCUUAUUAAUCAGCCUUAUAAGAAUUUUAUUGUGACAAAACUUCAUAAUUAACACCAAAUAACUAAAAUCAUAUGAAUUAACACUCUAAACCCUAAUAACCAUCUUAGCAAGUUCCUUUAACUUAAGGUCCUUAAAUUCAAACAAAUGAAAUGUAAUUUAGCUCAUAAUAGAUGCCUUAAUUUUUAAGUAUGAAGUUCUUUUUGUAUAAUUAUAGAAAAUAUUUACUAAGAGUAAAUCAAAUAAAAGAGUAAUAGCUCUCAAUCUUAAUAGAUAAAAUAAAAAUUUGAGGAGUAGCUAAAUAGAGAAAUAAGUAAAAAACCUGAGUAAUUUUAAAUUAUAUUUAAGGUAUUAAAACAUGCCUCAACCAAUAAUAAAACUAACAGAUCAAGAAUGGGAACAGUAUAAAACUGUUAUUUAAAAUGCAUAACAUUCUGGUAAGAAUACAAUCAAAUGAGCAUUUAGAUCAGAAUUUUGUUUUGGAUGUUGAAGUGGCUACUUAUCAUGAUGAUGAAUUAUAAAAAGUAUUAGAGGAGUGUGAUGAAUUUCUAGAGAUUGAUCCCCUAAACUUUGAUAAACAUUUUUUGAAAGGUUCAAUAUUAUACUCUUAUUUUGUUAGGUUUAACAUUAAUCAAAGCCAAAAGAAAUGUAGAAGCCCUUGAAUAUAGCGAAUUCAUCAUGGAUAUGUAUCCAAACAAUUUUUAAUCGUAUAUUUUAAAAGGCUUGGCAUUAAAUCAAUUAAAUAGAUAUGAAGAAGCACUCCAUAAUUAUUGCAUAUCGAUUUAAAUUGAGCCGACUUUUGAAGCUUAUUUUUUCUAAGGUAUACACAUAACUAACUAACAUAAGGGAUAUCUUUAAUGGCUAUUAAUUAGCUUGAUGAUGCUAUUGAAUCCUUUAAAAUUUCUAUUAGAAUGCGUCCAAAUAUAGAAAUUGCCUAUUAUCAAAUGGGUUUUUAAGAUUUAUCAACUUUUAGGCCUUGCAUUAAUGCGUAAAGAGAAGUAUGAUUAAGCAAUUUAAUAUUUUGAAAACGCCCUAAGAAUUGUUCCAAAUUAUGAUUAAGCCCUAAAAUAAAAAAGUAGUUUUAUACUUAAUUUUAGACUUGUGUUUACGGCAACUAGAAGGACGAUAAGAAGCUAUCUACAAGUCAAACGAUUUAAAUCAAAGACCUGAAAGUGAGGAAACUACCUAUUUUAAAAAUGGUUAGUCUUAAUUGAUUACUGUAGGAUUGGAGUUGUUUAAGGAAUAGAAGUAUAAUGCAGCAUUAACUUAAUUUGAAAAGGCUAUAUAAAUUAAUAAUUAAAUGCAUGAAGCUCAUGUCUAUAAGGGUAAUUAGAAUUCUAAUUUUUCAGGUUAAACACUAAACCAAUUAGGAAGACUAAUCGAGGCGGUAAAAUCUUUUGACGAAGGAUUAAAGAUACUACCUAAGCCAUAAUAUAUGAUAAAAAAAGGUUUUAAUAUUUUUCAAAUUUAAAGCUGA